AAGAACAUUUUCAACUCAACAAAUAUGGCGACUGCCAAGCGUUUGUUCUUUACUGUAGUCACCAUUGACGCAAUGACCUGCAACUUUUUUGGUGUACUCUCGAUCGCUUGGGUAACAGAUUGGAGUGGAAGCAUCGGGCUUUUUCCACUUUGGGUCGUCACCAUUGGAUGGUAUGUCGCUGCGAGUUUGGUGAUGGAAGUCUCCCUCCUUUGUACCGUCUUAGUGCUCAUUCAGCUGAUAGUCACAUCAAAUACCAUCAGAAGGAACGGUUACUCUCCCACGCAGAGAGGGAAAUUUAUUUCAAUUGCUGUUCUGUCACUGUUCAUCACUGUUUUAACAGUUGUUGGUGUUACUUUAAUUGGAGUUAACUUGCCACAUAUGAACAGGAAGUAUAAUGAUAAUGCUACACUUGGAUACUCUGCAUGGAUCAGUGUAGCCGGUGCAGUUUUCUACCUCGUUGUUGCGGGAUUAUCGAUUAGCUACGCAUGUGUAGAGUGCAGUUCUACCAAGUCGCACGAACCAUCUUCUAUCAUCUGAAGAAUUUUUCUCUUGUAGUUAAUUGCUCAUAAAGUUUCAAAUUUAA